GCGCUGGGGGAAUUUGUCCAUUAUCCUUCAGAACUGACCUAGAAUAGGUAAAGUUCUGAACAUGUGGAGGGAAGAGGCAUUGAUCAGGAAAAGCCUGCAUAGACAGCUUUUAGUAUCAAUUGCCAAGCUAUUUACAAACGUCUUCCCUUUCCUGUGUCGUUCCUUUAGCGCUCCUCCAUUUGGGCCCGAGGGCCAGUAUCCGCUGGUUGGCCGCAUCCACACCCAGCCAGCUUCGAGGCCCGGCUGUAAAAAUCCCUAAGCGUAGGAAAUCCAGAACCAGUCCUUACACCACUCCAGGAAACAAGUUAGCAACUUCCGCCGGGAUGCCCAGAACAUCACUGACUACAGACAUUUCCUCCGAGUGCUCAGAAUUUCGGAACACCGGGGAGCUUUCCUCCCGCCCACCAGAAGAAAACAGCCACCCUGGGCGAGCCGGAAGAGCAGCCGCGUCGGCCCACCCUGCCGGGCAGGCCGCAGUACCGCCGGAAGCCUAUUGGGGGCGCGCGCGCUGCCCGGCCCGGCCCCGGGAGGAGGGGAGAGCGCGGGCGGGGGCGGCGCGCUCGGCGCUUCCUGUUCCGGCGCCAGGAGGAGCCGCGCGCUGUUAGUGCUGGUGUUGCUGGUGCUGCCGCCGCUGCUGCCGUCAGUCACUCCGCGUUCGGUUCUUCGGCACCCGGUUCGCUCGGACCCAUCGUCGCUUCUAGACUUUGCUGCGGGCUCGGAUCUUGCCGGGAGCUCUUUGAGGUACUCCCUUGGUGCCCUUGCUUACUCCAGGAAAAUGUCUGAUGAAUUUUCGUUGGCAGAUGCACUACCUGAACACUCCCCUGCCAAAACCUCUGCUGUGAGCAAUACAAAACCUGGCCAACCUCAAGGCUGGCCAAGUUCCAACCCUUGGAAUAACCCAAGUGCUCCACCUUCUGUGCCAUCUGGACUCCCACCAAGUGCAACACCCUCCACUGUGCCUUUUGGACCAGCACCAACAGGAAUGUAUCCCUCUGUGCCUCCCACCGGACCACCUCCAGGACCCCCAGCACCCUUUCCUCCUUCUGGACCAUCAUGUCCCCCACCGGGUGGUCCUUAUCCAGCCCCAACUGUGCCAGGCCCUGGCCCCACGGGGCCAUAUCCUACACCAAAUAUGCCCUUUCCAGAGCUUCCAAGACCAUAUGGGGCACCCACAGAUCCAGCUGCUGCUGGUCCUUUAGGUCCAUGGGGAUCCAUGUCUUCGGGACCUUGGGCACCUGGAAUGGGAGGGCAGUAUCCUACCCCUAAUAUGCCAUACCCGUCUCCAGGGCCAUACCCCGCGCCCCCGCCCCAAGCACCAGGGGCAGCGCCGCCCGUUCCAUGGGGCACAGUUCCACCGGGAGCCUGGGGCCCACCAGCACCGUACCCCGCCCCCGCAGGAUCGUACCCCACACCAGGACUCUACCCCGCCCCCAACAGUCCUUUUCACGUGCCUUCAGGACCUUCUGGUGCUCCACCGAUGCCUGGUGGCCCCCAUUCUUACCAUUAAGUUAAUGGACGAAGAGAGGACGCUUUGCUUUUUGAAGUACAUGUAUAUGCACAUGAAUAUGCAUAUAUAAAAAUUGCUGGUUUCACUAUUCUUAGAGGGCAUUCAUGAAAGAACAACUCUUGCACCUCUCAGAGAAGAUACCUGCCUCUUGUACUUGGAUGUAUAGUACGUCUGAUGGAUACAGUCAGAUAAAAAUGUAAAAGUAAAUCAUUCAAAUGUGAUUUUUAUUCGGUUUUUAUGGAACGUUAAAGCGAUGAAGUAUAUUGAAUAGCUCUUUGAUACAAUUUGUUUAAAACAAGAUUUCAAUUUGUUUAAAUUAUGAAACCACACACUUAAAAAUCGAAGAUGAUGUGGAUUAUUGUUAGAAUCUGCAACCUCAUUGGCAAAUUAUUUCAAGUAUUUUUCUAUAAUCACUUUUUCCCUAAAUAAACACACUUUGAAAACAAUCACAUUGUCAUAAUUUAAACAAAUGUUGCCUCUCAGCAUCUUGAACUGCUCUGUCUAUAGAAUAAAUAAACCUGGUCCUCUUGAGGUUGUAGUUUGGAUCUAUAUUUUAAAGCUUUUGGUAAUUAUUGUCAGAUGUUGAGUUCAUUAGCCUGGCAGUGCUCAUUUUUAUCCUUGAGCUUUUAGUAAAAACUUUUCUAUGAUUUUGAGUUCUACCUGAUCUGCUUUAUUUUUAGCCAGAUGGGUCACACAGCUCUAAAAUCUGCCAUUUAUGAAAACUUUUUUAUUUUUAAUGCAGGCCAACGUGUGUAAAUUCUUAUUAGAGAAUUGGUCAUCUCUGUAUUGCUUUGGAAUAGAUUUUGAGAUGUCCGUAUUGCUUUGGGAAGAACUCAAAGAAGGAAAUAAUUCUCUCCUUUGUCUUAAACCUCAAGCCAGAGGAAACCCUGGAAAUUGCUUCAUAGUGACAAGUAACUUGCAUUCCCACAGAACACUCUUCUACUCAGACCCUUUCUUAUAGGUCCCUCUGCCUCAGUUCUUUAGAAGGAGCACAUCCUUCAGUUUUUCCCUGAUACGGAAAACUGGCACACUCUAGGAGUCUAUUGUAAACACAUAUAGCAGUUAAGUUUCAAGAACCUUAGUCAUUUAGACAUGACUCUUUGUACAAGUGCGAUCAAAAUGUGUAUGUGUCUUUCAGAGUCUGGUUAAGCUGUGUCAUUGUCUUUUGCAUAGUUUCCUGCAUCUUUUGUAAAGUGCUUAUGGCUAACAGUUCAGUUCUGUGUUUGUUGACAGGUAAAUAGGUAGGAUUGAGUGCCAUCCUUAAAAAUUAUUCUCUAGCUCUAAUACUGAAACUUAUAGAUCUCUGCAUUCCGUUGAAAGUAAGCAGUGUGACUGUCGCUUAAAUUAGUGUUGUUUGUAACCACCGAAAUAUCUCUAAGUCAGAUCCUUAGAGUCUUAGAACUGACUAUGUUAUUUGUCAAAUAACAUUUUGAACCUUUGAAUGUAUCCAUCGGGUUACUAAAAUAUGUCAUGGAUUUCAUGACUAGUCUAGGAGAGAUUUAUGCUGGAGCUCUUGUUUUUGCUUAGAAAUAAAGUAUUUAGUAGUUUUGUUUCUCUUAUAGUUAAAAUGUCAAGAAUGCCAAAUGCUGCCAAUUUAAUGGUUUGAUAGCUACCUCCUUUUAAGAAAGCAAGAUGGUCACCUUUGAGAAGAACAUUCAGUGUUUAAACUCCCUUUUAAGUAGAUGAUAGAGUCAGGCUUUCAGAAUUGAAGCUGAGUUUAGGUAUCUUCAGACUGGGGAAUGUCGUUAGACAGCUCCUACAGAGUGGCACAAGCGGUCUUGUUUUCUUUUGCUUCCUUGCAAGGACAGGCCGCACCAAUCUACAACACUCUUGGAAUCUUUGGUCAGAGCAGCCUCCCAUUUACAAGGCAGUAGCCCUAAAAGGUAUUUUAGCUUAAAUGGUCGGGCAAUAUGUCAGCUAACUGGGGGAUGAGAGGAAAAGUGAGAUAGCGGGGAAGGUCUCUCUCCUGGUGGUUAUUUUGGUUGUGUUAAAAGUUGGGAGAAGUUGACAACUCUGGCUUUAGAUACAAUAUUUAAUGUAACACUAGAGGAUACUGUUUGAUUAAGAGAAGUGGUAGCACGUUUGGGAAUCUGUGAUCGUGGAGUCCAUUUAUUAGAGGAGAAAAUCUGCUAAAGGAUUUGAAGGAACAUGAACGUGAGAUUUGGAAUUACUACCCCCAAUAAAUACAUCAACUUUGCUAGUGACCCAUACUGCCCCAUGUGCCCUAGACAUAACACCUUUUCUUUUCUUUUCAAGGACUUUCCAACUGGUAGUUGUGAAAUUUUUUUAACCUAAGAAUGGAAAUCAAAGGGACAAGAAUUUGCUUUUAUGUUCCUUUUAGUUUUGUAGAGCAUUAUUUCUCAGCUUGCGGGGAGAAUCUUAAUUCACGUGGGUACUCUGGGGACAAAAAUGUAUUCUUAGGUUCAGGGUAAAGUUAAAAGCAGAAGUUGUUCCAGCGGAGGAAUGGGGGGAAAGCACGGGGGGGAAGGUUUUUCUCUUUACAAGGGAAUAAGGUUGCUUUCGAAACCAAUCCUGGUAGGCCGGCAUCAGUUUAGGGAAGAGACUGUUUCUUAGAAAGUUUAUUUGGUCUCAGAAGGGAGUACACAGGAUGGAAUAUGCUGGCACUUGGGCUCUCUCUGAGCAAGAACUUUAAGACAAAUUUGAUGGAGAUAAUCGAGAUGUGUUGAGGAUUAGUGUUUCUGAAGUUGGAAUCUUAGAUUUUGAAAUGUUAAACCGGAAAAUGAAAGUAAAGAUCUUAGGUCCUCAUCACACACGCAGUUCUCAAGAAUCAAGUCUCCUUGGAGGAGUGCUUGAAAUAAUACCUUGGCUUGUCUGUCCUGGGCUCAGCCUGACGCCUUUUCAUGCUUUUGAAGAUGGUGUUUACAACUCAGACUCCACAGCCCUGUUUUGUAUAAAGUAGAACAUAGAUUAUUCAGCAAUAGGCAAUACUUUUCUUUUAAUUACCCAGGGCCCUCCUCCCUUCGUCAGUUUUCCUGUUGUUUUCAGUAGAGAAUGAUAAAAGGGGAGAGAAAAAAGGGGGUGAGUUUUUGGCCUUGGUCUGGCACACCACUACAGCAGAAUAUUGGCCUAUGUCUAGGAAGAAGUCGGUUUUGCCCGUAAAAUUUUAUCUCACAAAUAAUAAGUGCUACCUGUUCAAAAGGACAGCUUUUGAAAUUAUGUGUACAGAAGGACGAAGCUCUACUCAUGUUUCAGUUGAGAUGCUGUGUCUCGUUUGCAUGUCCAUCAGUUGCCUAGACUUCUAAAUGAUUAGUGCCAAUGUCUUCCUCACCCUGAAUAAGUGAGUGCUACAUUUAUAAAAUGCCAGGGUUAUAAACCCUGGACAUUAAACCUAAUAAGCACAGACCUUCAAGUGUUGGUUUUUGAAAAGCAUAAGGUUAAAUUCAGAUGAAUCACGCUGAUAGAGGUACUAUGCAGAGAAAGUGGUGGGCAGCUUUCAGGGAAGACUAAAAUUUAAUCUUGAGCAAUAUUGAGUAUUGAAGGACAGACACUUUUUAUUUUCAGAAUUUUGCCAAGUAAAAUUAAAAUUGCCAAUAAAAUAAUCAGUAUUAAAGAAAUGCCAGGCAAGCUCCUGGCUAGAGAAAACAUCUGAGAACUGCAUUUGUUCAGCACUCAAGUGUCUGAUCCUGGUGCUUUGCCAGCUCCCAGAGCUGCAGAGAAGAAGGAGAAUGCCUGUCCCGUGGAGGCUUACCGUCUAGGGGUAGCAUUUACAGAAUGCAUGAGUACACCCAUUUUUGGUUUACCUAGAUAAACAUGUUUUAGUUUGCCGCUGGUGGAAAUGAGAGGCCAGCCUUUGGACACUUUAAACAGCAAAGUGUGGUGUACCUUUUUUUUUUUUUAAGUAAGAAAUUAAUGUUUCUCAAGAUUGUAGUGUUUGUCGGUGCAACUGUUCACGUGUGCAAAGUAACAGGAGGUUUUUCCUCUUCACUUCUUCCCUGGAUGAAGGCACUUAAACUGCCUGUCACUGGUUAACAGAUACUGAUUGUUGCCAUUAAGUAAACUUGACUUCUUAUGCGUGCUCUAUAAAGGUUUUGUUUUGUUUUGUUUUUGUGUUUUUUAAUAUUGUGAUUUUUAAAAUUGACUUAAUAAUGACAAAUUUGAUGUAUGUAAUUGUCUAUGCAUUUUAAGUUAAACUGCCUAAAAUGUGAUUUGAGACAUAGACAUUUGUUUUGUAUUAUGAACUGUAAGCAAUCUGUUUGAGAUGUUAGGUUUUAUCACCUGCUGCUGUAUUUGUAAACAAAGACAUGUUGCUUUAAGAAGUAAUUAUAAUUAGGAGUAGUCUAUUGAUGUGAUACUUGAUAUUUUUUAAGAUAAACUUGUUUGCUUUUGUGUAUUAUACCUAAAAACUUUUUUUAAAAAAUGUAUUUUCAUGGUUUCACAAGUUUUUCCCUGUAUCUUAUUCUUUAGGCCCAGUUCUGGGCUUCCCUGAGAAGUCCAGAGCCUAAUUAAUUACAAAAUUGUUGUCAUAAAGAAAGAAAGAAAAAAAGGGCCUGAGAUGCUCCUCGGUGUGUGACCUGCAUUCACUAAGGCAUUUAAAUAGGCUGCCUGGGAACGACCUUCUCCAGACCCUCUUUCAGCAACAUGGUGUCCACUGUGUGGGUUUCCUCUUCUCCCUUCAAGGCUACAUUAUUCUUUGUAACCAAGUUAUCUACAGAGUUGGGGAACUUUCCCUCUCUGCCCAACUGCCACCACCCCCGCUUUCUUUUAUGAAAGAUGGUUCUAUUCCUGUGUAACUACUAUGCCUACCGUGAGGGUCACAUUAUCAAACUUGGUAGUUUGCCAUUCCCUUUCCACAGUGGGUUUGCUAGCCUGUCUUGAACCCCGGUGUGGUUGGGGCUGUAAAUGAGUCAUUCGUACAGCAUUAUGCUUUUGAAAGUGUCUUCUGCUUUUUGCCUUAGAAUUGGACAAAGUGCAACAUAAAUUUUUAAGUUGUGUUUGAUGUUUUCUAUCCCUUAAAGGUACCCACCUCAAAUGGAGCUCUGAAGUAGGUAGUGAAAUAAAAGAUCAUUCGGGAGCAA